AUGGAAUCAAGAGCUCGUGUCCAGCUCUCUAAUGUUUACGCAGAGGAUGACAGCCAAACGAGUAGAUCGGACGAAGGAUCAUCGUCUAGAGCAUUCGAGGCCAGACAGGGAAACAACCUUCCCUCCGCAGCGGAUUUCUUCGUCCCUUCUUUACCUGGUCUUCCGAAUCUAGCGACGCACCCGACACACCCCGUCAACCUCUAUGCCGGUUUAUUACCGUCCGAUCCUGGUGAAGCAGGUGGAGGAGGAGAGGGGAGUACAGGACGCGAUGCAGAGCUAUACUUCUUGAUGGUUAAAGCGAGACGAUCAGCCGGUAGACAACGUCUGGUCUUGUGGUUCAAUGGUGGACCGGGAUGCUCAUCUUUCGAUGGCGCUUUGAUGGAGAUAGGUCCAUUCAGGACGGUACCUGCCGAUCAGACAACUUCGGGGAAAGUCGAGUUAAAACUUGUGGAAGGAGGAUGGGAGGAAUUCGCAACGGUUGUGUUUAUCGACCAACCGCCCGGUACGGGCUUCUCAUACGUUCCGACCAAUGGAUAUCUGCACGAGCUGGACCAAGGUUCUCAACACCUCAUAACGUUUCUCAAAAACCUGUAUAAAGUCUUCCCAGAGCUCAAAGGACUAGAUACGUAUCUCUGCGGAGAGUCAUUCGCUGGCCAAUACAUCCCGUACUUUGCCGACGCGCUCAUCAAGAACCCUCCACAGGGCUUCAACAUGAAAGGCAUAGCCAUUGGGAACGGAUGGAUAGACCCAAUACGACAAUAUCCAGCUUACGCCCAUUUCGCUUAUGAAAAGGGGCUCCUGAAAGAGGGAUCCAAGGACGCUGAAAAGCUCGAAGAGCGCCUGUCGCGUUGCAUGGAGGAAAUGGAAAGAUACACUGAUCCGAUGAACACCCCCAUCAACAUUGGCGUUUGUCAGUCGGUCAUGGAUGCUGUGACUGAGCCCUUCACUCAGGAGCUCAAUGGCAAGCGGAUGUGUAUGAACAUUUACGAUGUCCGGUUACAGGACGAAUAUCCUGCUUGCGGUAUGAAUUGGCCACCUGAUCUGACAGAGGUGUAUUCGUUCUUGCGUAGCCCCGAAGUCAUUCGCAGCCUUCACGCUGAAAAGAAGGAUACAGCUUGGACGGAGUGUAGUGGUCGAGUCGGCGCCGAAUUGCGGUUGCGCACAUCGACUGCGUCUGUCGUGUAUCUUCCUACGAUUCUAGAGGCCGGCGUAGAAGUUCUGAUAUUUGCGGGGGCGGACGAUCUGAUCUGCAAUUAUAAAGGCCAAGAAGAGAUGAUCCAGAAUAUGCGAUGGAAGGGCGUCGAUGGAUGGGGCAACUCUACCUUUAUGGACUGGUCAAUGAACGGGACGAAAGUUGGACAAUGGGUCAACACAAGAAAUCUCACUUACGCCAAGAUCCUCGACUCCUCCCAUAUGGUUGGAUUCGAUAAACCCCACGUAACGAAUGACAUGAUCACGCGAUUCAUGAAGGUUGAUUUUAGUCUGCUUCCUGGCAUGCUGGCUUCAUCCAGCUCAAAAAUCGGGACGAAGAAUCGUCUUGCCAUUGGGACGAUGAGUACCGCCGCCGCUGGGAUUCCAUUACUCAAAGGUGGUGAUUCGGAGUGGGAGGCUUGGUACAAUGCCGGAUCCGCCAUACUCAUCUUACUGAUCCUCUUAUCGAUCGUCGCUAUUUAUUUCUACUUCCGUCGUAAAGGUCAACUUCGACGUCGAGGCAUGAUGAGUCUCUCGAAAGACGAUAUGAAUGGAGAUGGAGAUGAUUACGACGAGAGAAUCCCAUUAGGGUCAGGCGAACGAGUCGAAUUGGAAGAUAUAGAAAGGGCAGAAGGGUACGAAUAUACAGAUUCUCCCGGCGGCGAGAGAAAGAGAAGGACACCGAGGCGGAACGGUGGGCACAGUACUUCGGGAAGUGGAGGCGGAUCCAGUCGAAAGGGCAAAGGCAAGAGUACCCGAGCAGGUCAUAGAUCCGUAGAGACAGAUAGCCCGACCUCGAGUCAUGGUGGACAGACGGUAUUCGCGUUAGGAGACGAGGACGACGAAGGGCGAUAG